AUGAUCCUUCCUAGGCUUGCUAUGUGGAUCAUUUCCAACACACUUGUUUCAGACGACCGUCAUGGAAGAGUCAUCUACAAUACAAAGCCAACUGCAGGCGCCAGCUUGAGAUGGUUUGACAAGACAUACGAUGAAAACGCUCUUUGGUUCUUUGACUUAGUUAUUCAAGAUGGCAAAGAAUACUAUAAGAUUCGCAACUUCCAUACAGGCUUAUAUUUCUCAUCAGUUUCGAACGGUAAUAAUGAUGGUACAACAGCAAACGCCGUGGAAAGUGAUGCUACCUUAUAUGAAGUUAUCCCAUUCUAUCAGGAUGACUCAUAUAUGAUUGUUCAGAAGGGUGGAAAUCCAAUCUUCAUUGAUAACAAUAUUCAUGCUUUUGUUAUUACACGUAAUAACAGAACAUUCACUGGUGGUGCUACAUUCAAGCUUGUUGUUGCAACAGAUGAUGAUCUUGCUAAGGUUGCACAGAAGAAGGCAGAUGAAGCAACAUACAAGCAGGUUUGGGCUGAUGAUUUCGAUGUUGAUGGCAGACCAGAUCCAACUAAGUGGGACUAUGAAUAUGGUUUCGUUAGAAAUGGAGAAAUGGAAUGGUAUCAGUCAGACAACGCUUAUGUUGCCAAUGGAUCAUUAAUCAUCGAAGGCCGCAAGGAGCACGAUUUACCAAACCCAUGGUAUGAUCCAAAUGAAAAGGUAGACUACAGGAAGAUGAGACAGUGGAUCAAUUACACAUCAUCCUCUGUCAUUACAGAUGGAAAGGUUGAUUGGCUCUAUGGACGCUUCUCUGUCAAAGGAAAGAUCCCAGUUUCUGGUGGCUCAUGGCCAGCUAUCUGGUUCCUUGGACACGCUAACGUUACUGGCGAAUGGCCAUUAACAGGAGAAGUCGACCUUCUUGAGUACUACACUGACAAGACACUUGCCAACCUCUGCUGGGGAGGAGGUGUUUGGGCUACACGCACAACACCAUACUCCGACUACUGGAAGAAGCAUGAUCCAUUCUGGAACGAGAAGUGGCAUGUCUGGAGAAUGGAUUGGGAUGAAGAAGCAAUCAAGCUCUUCCUUGAUGAUGAAAUGCAGAACUGCGUUCUUCUUUCUAGAACAACUAACCCAGGAUCAUCUCCAGUUCACAAUCCAUUCAUGACUCCACAGUUCCUUAUCCUUAACCUCGCUCUUGGUGCUACUGGAGGUCCAAUUGAUGAUAAGGACUUCCCAAGAAGGUACUAUGUCGAUUAUGUUCAUGUUGAACAAAUGGCUAAGCACCGCAAACAGUAA